AUGAAGCUCAUACUUUCCACCUCAAAUCUCAUGACGAGUGGCGGCUCGUCCGUCAUCAGACAUCUAGGCACAACGAAAUCGAACGUCGAGCUGAUCAACUCGCUACGAGCGAAUUUCCAGGCUGCGCAACAGCUUGCGGCCGCGGAUGAGACAGAGACAAAACCCACGGAGCGGUACAAGACAUGGACAUCAAUGCAGGAUGAUGCGCUUUACAUUCCCGCGAUCGAUUUCUCGCAGCACGGGUUGGCGGAGGAGAGGUCGCAGUACGAUAUUACGGUGAAACUGUUCUUUCUACCCGGAAUCCCGGUGUCGAGACGGUGCGCGCAUACGCGGCAGGCGAUUGAUCUCGUAUUGAAAGAGCUACAUGUGGAUUCUAUCGACCUGCUUAUUGUUUCCUUCCCUGGGAUUUUGUUCGACGCGGAGGACGACAGCGAGGAAGAAGUGUCGUCGGAUGACGGAAGCGAGGAGCCAGAUGACUUUGACAGCAUCAUUCAGUCGUGGAGGACGCUUGAGGGGCUGCACGAGAAAGGCAUGAUUGCUCAGCUGGGUGUGGCGGAGUUUGGAAGCGACAGGCUCGCUCGGUUCCUACCACAUACCAAGGUCAAGCCGUCUGUUGAUCAGAUCAACCUCAAGGACUGCUGUGUCGUUCCCAAGUCGCUGAUUCUCUAUGCGAAGCAAGCGAAUAUCCAAUUGCUCACGCAUAACGACUGCAAUGAUAUCCUGCCAGUAGGCACGACACGGGAGCUGCUGGGUCCAGGGGAGAAGGGCGCUGGAAUCCUUGCGUCCGCUCCUGAUGCCGACGACGGAAUCAAAGGCGAUGUUGAGCCACAAUGGGUGGUCAAGUACACGGCGGUGGUCAAAGACCGCGGAGUGGUGGAGAACAAGGGAUAUUUUGCGCUGGCAGACGUAGGCAGUUGUGUCAAGACGAGUUCAUGA